AUGGCUACGCUCCUUCUGGGAGUCAGGUCCCAGCCCACGGAAUCGGCUACCAGGCUGUGCGGCCGUGACUUUGUCAGGGCAGUCAUCAUUUCGUGUGGGGGCUCCAGGUGGAAGCGGUAUUCCCCCGAAGAAAACGACGAGAGGAGCAGCUUGUACAGUGCCCUGUUGGACUCACUGGAUGAGAGCCCAUUGAGAUCACUGACCGAGGAGCCUGAGACCGAAGAGGUGGAAGACACAGAACCCGAGACUCCGGUUGGGGAGAGCGAGACAUCUCUUUCUCACUUGGAAGGUCACAGAACCUCUGCGGGGUCAAGUGAGGAUUCAAAUGAGGAACAAGGAAGAAGGUUAUCUUUGGAAGAAAAGUCUUCGCGAUCCAAGCGCAGUGCAGGACUGGGCAAGACUUGUUGCAAGCGAGGUUGCACCAGGAGUGAAAUCAUCAAGCUUUGUUAA